CACGCCUUUAAAUGUUCCCGUUGCUUCUUCCAGUCCGUUCUCAGCGGGAAGAGCCUCGCGGUCAGGAGGUGUUUGUGUAGCUAACGGUAGCGCUCACACAUCAGAUAACAAACAAAACCAACUGAGUACCUGUGUCCGUGUCCCUUCUGUUAAACAGACCGUCUGCACAGGGUCCUCCUUGGGGAGAAAAGCGCUGUCUGGGCUUCACUGCGGAAAAACUAAAAGGUGGUGGAGAAGUGGACCGAGCCAAGUCGGGCGUGGUAGCAAAACACAACGUUGUUAGCAAAGUUUCAAAGAGCAGCACCCGUAAUAAUGUCGCUGUCGGUACCGCAGAACGGGGUCAAGGCGGAUAUCGAACCCGUUAUCGAGCUGUUUGUGAAGGCGGGAAGUGAUGGAGAGAGCAUUGGGAACUGCCCCUUCUCCCAGAGGCUCUUCAUGAUUCUGUGGCUUAAAGGAGUCGUCUUCAAUGUCACUACAGUGGACCUCAAGAGGAAGCCAGCAGACCUCCAGAACCUGGCCCCCGGCACACACCCUCCCUUCAUCACCUUCAACGGUGAGGUCAAAACUGACGUCAACAAGAUUGAAGAGUUUCUUGAGGAUGUCCUCUGCCCACCCAAGUACAUCAAGCUUGGUGCAAGGCACCCAGAGUCAAACACAGCUGGAAUGGACAUCUUUGCCAAGUUUUCAGCAUACAUCAAGAACUCAAAACCCGAUGCCAAUGAGGCUCUAGAGCGUGGGCUGCUUAAGACCCUGCAGAAGCUGGAUGAGUAUCUCCACUCACCGCUGCCCGAUGAGAUUGACCACAACAGCAUGGAAGAUGUCAAGGUCUCCAACCGCAAGUUCCUGGAUGGCGAUGAAAUGACUCUGGCUGACUGCAACCUGCUGCCCAAGCUGCAUAUAGUCAAGGUGGUGGCCAAGAAGUACAGAGGUUUUGACAUCCCCAAAGAGAUGACGGCCAUCUGGAAGUACCUGAACACCGCCUACACACGUGAAGAGUUCACCAACACCUGCCCCAGUGACAAAGAGAUUGAGAUUGCCUAUGCAGAUGUAGCCAAGAGACUGGUCAAAUAAGCUCCUCGCCCCAAAGCCUCCUCCUGUACACUCCCCUACACCGCCUCCGCUCAGCACCAGGACUGAUGUGCUUGUUCACGAGAAAGAGGAAAAAAAAACUCUGGAAUUAAUUUCCUUCUCUCCUCAUCUACGGCAAAUCCCCAAUGCAUGAACCCCUCUUGAUCUUUUUUUUUUUUUUUUUUAAACGAAGAUUGCUUUAGUUGAUAUUGAGUAAAGGUCACAAUAACUUGUCUUUUACAACUGAUGAAUGUUUUGAGGCAUUGCAUUAUGCCGAGGCGAUGAAGCCAGAUGUCCGUACGUAUCAAUGUCGGCAGCUUUGUCAGACACGGCCCCUGAUAAGUGACCUUCAGGCUGACCUUCUCUUGCACACCGGGGAAAGGUUGUGAGCUGCUGUUAAUUUUCUGUUGUCUCUUUAAUAUUGAAGUCACUCUUUGUAGUUUCACUAUAAUAUGAAACACAGAAGCUUUUUUUCCCCCCUGUCUUUUGGCUUAUUGAGAUGGCAUUGUAAUCAGUGUUGAAGCGUCAGUGUUUUGGGCUGAAGUGUUCGACAUGUUUAUGUAGAAACCAAGGCCCCUCCAAACCAGACUGGUUGCUUGGACAUAUAAGAGAUGCUUUAUUUAAUGUUGAGCUGUUUAAAAUAAAUCAAAUAAUUGUAAGUGCAGGUAAA